GAAAAAGAAAAUAUCAAGAUGAGUAAAAAGCCUCCAAAUCGUCCUGGAAUCACAUUUGAGAUUGGUGCUCGCUUGGAGGCACUGGACUACUUACAAAAAUGGUAUCCAUCUCGUAUUGAGAAGAUAGACUAUGAAGAAGGGAAGAUGUUGGUCCAUUUUGAACGCUGGAGUCAUCGCUAUGAUGAGUGGAUUUACUGGGAUAGCAAUAGGUUGCGACCCUUGGAGCGACCAGCAUUAAGGAAAGAAGGGUUGAAAGAUGAUGAAGAAUUUGUUGAUUUUAAACCUGGAGAAGAAGUCCUAGCUCGUUGGACUGACUGUCGGUAUUAUCCUGCAAAGAUUGAAGCGAUUAAUAAAGAGGGAACGUUCACUGUGCAGUUCUAUGACGGUGUUAUUCGGUGUCUUAAGAGGAUGCACAUCAAAUCUAUGCCAGAGGAUGCAAAAGGGCAGGAUUGGAUAGCUUUGGUCAAAGCUGCUGCAGCAGCAGCAGCCAAGAACAAAGCAGGAAGUAAACCUAGAACCAGCGCAAACAGCAAUAAAGAUAAAGAGGAAAGAAAGUGGCUAAAAGUUCCUUCAAAAAAGGAAGAAACCUCAACCUCUACAAUCAUGCAGGAAGUCCAAAAAAAGGAAGAGGAACCUACAUCUAGUGACACAUUUGGCUUUCCUGUAGUGGAUGUUCCAAAGAUGGCCUUUGUGCAGGCAGAGAGCACAUUAUCCCACAAGAGGAAAAGUAAUCUAGGCAACUCGUUUCAGGCAAAGAGAGCUCGUCUUAACAAGAUCACUGGUUUGUUGGCAUCCAAAGCUGUUGUUGCAGAUGGUGCUGAAAAAAAAGAAGGCAACAAAGAAACAGCUCCAGUCCUGGAGCAGGAGAUUUCACCUAAACCACAAAGUCAGAAAAAAAAUGAAGCUGAUAUUAGCAGUUCUGCCAGCAUUCAGAAACCUGCACUGUUAUCCUCAACUUUGUCUUCAGGAAAGGCUCGCAGCAAGAAAUGCAAACAAGAAUCUGGAGAUUCUUCUGGGUGUAUAAAGCCCCCUAAAUCACCACUUUCCCCAGAGUUAAUACAAGUCGAGGAUUUGACGCUGGUGUCUCAGCUUCCUUCUUCCGUGAUAAAUAAAACUAGUCCAUCACAGCCACUGAAUUCCCCUAGAUCCUACAAACAUAGCCAACGGAGGAGGAGAUCUCAGCGUUUAGCCACUUGCUCGUUGCCUGAUGAUUCUGUAGAAAAAGUUUCUUCUCCCUCUUCAGUUACUGAUGGAAAAGUGUUCUCCAUCAGGGCUCAAAAUCAACAGCCAUCAAAAUUGGAGGUACCUGAUGUUGCUCAUAUGUCACUUGAGAAGCGUGGACCAUGUCUCCCUCUUGACUUAAGCCGUAGUUCGGAAGUUGCAUCACCAUUAUCCACAGAAUCCACUUUCCGUAAUGAAUAUCCCAGUAAAGAAAAGGAAGAUAUUCAGAUGAUUACAUAUCUUUCUUCCAAAGCAGUAACUGAUGGAAGAGUAGCUACAACAGCGUCAGGUGCAGUUAGGAUGGAAAGGAAAGGAAAACUGGAAGAGAAAAGCUCCUCAGCAUAUGGUAAAAAGAAGGAAAAGGAGAAAAAAGAGAAAAAGGAGAAAGAUCAUAAAUCAAAACAGAAAAAGAAGAAGAAAAAAAAGAAGAAAUCUAAGCAGCAUGAUUAUUCGGAUUACGAAGACAGUUCUGUGGAAUUCAUGGACAGGUGCUCCUCUCCCUUAACACGCUCCUCGGGGAGCUCUCUGACUUUGCGCAGCAUGUUCUCGGAGAAGAAUACGUCCUACCAGUACCCACGAGCUAUCUUGUCUGUUGACCUCAGCGGAGAAAACCUUUCAGAUAUGGAGUUCUUGGAUGAUUCUUCCACAGAGAGUUUGUUACUUAGUGGUGAUGAAUACAAUCAGGAUUUUGAUUCAACUAACUUUGAAGAGUCUCAAGAUGAAGAUGAUGCUCUCAAUGAAAUUGUAAGAUGCAUCUGUGAACUGGAUGAAGAAAAUGGCUUUAUGAUUCAGUGUGAAGAGUGCUUGUGUUGGCAACACAGUGUAUGCAUGGGGUUGUUAGAGGACAGCAUUCCAGAGCAGUACAUCUGUUAUAUCUGCAGAGAUCCACCAGGUCAGAGAUGGAGUGCCAAAUAUCUUUAUGAUAAAGACUGGCUAAAUAAUGGACACAUGUGUGGAUUAUCAUUUUUGAAAGAAAACUACUCUCAUCUUAAUGCCAAAAAGAUUGUGUCAACACAUCAUCUACUGGCAGAUGUAUAUGGUGUAACUGAAAUAUUGCAUGGACUGCAGUUGAAGAUUGGGAUAUUAAAAAAUAAGCAUCACCCAGACCUUCAUCUCUGGGCUUAUUCAGGGACACGAAUGGAACAAGAACAAAUAACUCUUGGGGUAGAGAAAAAAACAGUGACUUUGCCAGACCCCGUUAAUCCCCUUGAAAGGACGUGUCAAAAUCAUAGACAGCCACCUAGCUUACCCCUAAAGAUGGAAGAAACAUAUAUCACAAGUGAACACAGUUACCAAAAACCACAGAGUUUUGGGCAAGACUGCAAAGCAGUCAGUGACCCUAUGAGCUCAGAUGAUGAAGAUACAAGUAGUUUUGAUGAAGAUCAGGAAUUUCAUUCAGAGAAUAAAAAUUGUUUACAAUAUUCUUUUAAAGAUGAUGGGAUGAAUGAUCAGAAUUCUGCUGAAGGGAACACUGUGUUUGUUUGUAAUGAAAAGAAGGGCUCAGAAGAAGAAGUGGACACGCAUCUUCAAUGGCAGCUAAAUCUCCUCACCCACAUAGAGAAUGUACAGAAUGAAGUCACCAGCAGAAUGGAUCUGAUUGAAAAGGAAGUUGAUGUUCUAGAAAGCUGGCUUGAUUUCACUGGAGAACUGGAGCCACCAGAUCCUCUUGCAAGAUUGCCUCAGCUGAAGCGACGUAUCAAGCAGCUCUUAAUUGACAUGGGGAAAGUACAGCAAAUAGCAACACUUUGCUCUGUAUGACAAAAGGAAGAAUAAAGAAAUAAAAAUAGGCUUUCUACAGUGAAUUUUCUUACUAGCAGCAGGACUGACAGGACGACAGCAAAAAGCUGAGCAUUUAUCUGGUUCUGUGCUGAUUACAUUAAUAGCCCGAAGCUUUAGAGAGAGGAGAAGAGAUCUAGACAAAGGAAUUUUUUAUACUGAGUAUCUGAAUAUCCACUGUCCAAACUUCGAAGUAUAAUAUA